AUGUCCGUAACCCUAAUCGCUGCCGUGCCUCCUAAAGCGGGUAAAGCAACAGUUGUAAAGCCACCACCACCAGAAGAGCCCCCUAAGCAGCCCGUUUUUGUGGCGGCGACGAUGGCUGGAGAAAAAUCAAGCACUGAUGACGAUGCUCAGAAUGGUGCCGUGGUCUCCCCGAAAGAGGACAGAACUGACAAAUCCGCAAGGCUUGCCGCUUUGCUAGGAGUGAAGAUUGAAGACUCUUCAAUAUCGUCGUCGUCGGUGCCCGAAAGGCCUCCUCAUCUCACUCUACAACAAUCAGACGAGCAAAUUGUGGAAGAGAUGUCAAAAGCAGGCAUCGAGCUACCGAUCCCUCCCAAAGAAGAACCUGAGCUGUCCAUUGAUGAAAAGAUUAUUGAGAUAACACCACACAUCACAUUGCCAUCUCAUAUGGAAGAUAAAGAUUCGUCGGACGUCGACCUUGCUCCUGUCGCCAUAUUGCCAGCACUUCCUGUUCUGCCCGACUUUGAGAUCACCGAGUCGGAUUCGAGGCCGAAAACAUCGAAACCUGGGAGAGCACACGCGACUUCUGUCAUCUCGAACGAUGUCGUGUUUGUUCCCAAGAAAGCACGUGAGCACUCGGACGCUCUGAAAAGAGCAUCAAGCCGAGAGAAGCCGAUACGCAGCGGGUCACGCGAGCUGCUGAAGCCUCCUACUCGAGAUCACAGCUCCGAUGAAAGCGAUCCAGAGGUGGCCGCGUUCAGACAUUUCACAAAAACUGGCCGAUUCAAAAACGGGAUUCCUCUUACUAGGAGAAGAAUGCGCAGGCCAGAGCGCCAACUCUCGAGCAUUUCCGAGAAGAGCGCCGAAAUAGCUGCAGAGGCUGCCCUACAACAACAUCAACCUCAAGAUUAUUCUAUAUCCGCACCCAAUACAACACGCUCUCUUUCGGAGUGGCAACGUAAUAUGCCAAAUUCGACCUUGCCAAACACAGGUUCCGAUACGCAAACGGACGUUGACAUACCCUCAUCAGUGCAGAAACGUGCAUCACCAUCAAGUUCUGAAGUGUUGGAGAAGGAGGAAACGAAGAGAGCGCAAGCUGACCAGUUCUCUAAAUCUAAGUCGGAGUCAUCAAUCCUGCGUCGAUCUCAGCUUUCCUCCAUGCCAUCAACAUCUAGUGCGCCACCCGUAGAAUCAAAAGCUGAGAGAGACCGCGAAUUCGUUUCGUCCCCCGACAUCCCGGACGUCACAUUCAAGAGAUCGCUAGACCGAUUGGACUUGCUGGACGGUUCUCCUGACUCUGUCUCAAACAGGGGCGCUUUUACGUCCAGGUCACAAGUCGGCACAGGCAGCAAGGUUCGCAAGGCAACUAGACAUACUAAACGCUUGCCUACUGCUCCUGGCAGGAGAUCCGAGGAAAAAGCGAAAGUUCUUUCUCAGACUUCAGAUGAAGGGGAAACAGCUGCUUCGGGUUCAAGAAGCAAUCUUCCUAAGAAAGAACCGGUGAAGGAAGUGGAUACUCCACACUCAUCCAAGUCGAGUGCUUUGAUCAGCAGGAAAAUCGCAACACGUCGGCAGGAGAGCCUGUCGAAGUCCGCUGCUGACCUCAGACAGCGGCGCAGCAGUUCCGCGAUGGGUCACCGAGCGAAAGCCUCCCGCUCAGCGGACGUUCAUGGCAGACGUCCUCCAUGGAACUCUUCCAUAAAGGUGUCUGACGACCCAUACAAAAUCUAUCACGAGCCCUUCCUUCCCGAAAUCAAAACGACCACAAGGUAUUACGAGAGGAGCCGAUCCGUAGUCAAUUCGCCUACUGGUAUGCAUCACACAACCUUAAGCAAAUUUUCUCUAAGCAGUUUACCUCCUCGAUGCAACUCACAAAUUGAGUUUUCGCCCUAUUUCACACCAGGGGCUGAUCCGGCCAAACGGCCCAAGGAGGAUUUGUGGUGGGGGCCUCCAACGCAAUCUUUUAGGUGA